UGAAAUACAGUUUUAACAUUUGGUUUGCAUGUGAAUAUGUUGAUAGUAUAUAUAGUGUUUGGAUCUUUUUUCAGUAAAAAGUUGGAAUGAGUUAAAACUUCUAUACAUUUGAAUUAUGUUUUGGUAUUUUUUUCUUCAUAAGUGGUAUAAUUGUAUUUAAAAAAAUGACUUCUGAACUAAUAGAUGGAUUUUUUGAGAACAGCAUGCAGGUAGAGUUUAAAGAAUGUAGUGUUUUACCUAAAGUCUCAGUAUUACACAGAUUCAUGUCACAGUGGGCCAAGGUUGAGCGUAGCUCAAACAUCUUCCGGCAAAUGCAACAGUAUUAUCCACCUCAUUUCCCUUUGGAAGUGCGGUACUUUUUAUGUGAAUGGAUUGAGGAACAACAGUGGGAUGAAAUAGAUGAAAUUAAUCCUGAGCAUGCAAAACAAGUUUUGGACAUAAUGUUGGAUUUGCUACGCCAGAAAGCAGAAAGUCAAGAGCAUUUCAUUGUUCGCAUUAAGUUGGAGGAAAUUUAUCAAAAUCUACAGAACUAUAUUGAAACCAAUGCAUUAGGAAUGGUUCAAGUGAUUAAAAACUGUUUGGCAGCAGAAAUAAAAUUUAUAGAACAAGCUGAGCAAGCCAUGCAGCAGCAGCAGAUUCAAAAAGCUUUGUCUGAGCAUCACAGGAUCAAUGAUCUAAUUAUGAAUGAAAUUCAGAACUUAACCAGGAGAUUGCAGAGCUCAGAAAAUGAUGUUAAAAACUUACAACAUAAGCAAGAAAUGUGUAUCAUAGAAUAUAAUAAAAUGCAGAAAUGUGCAGGUUUGCUUCAACAGUUGAGUAACAUGCCAAAUUCACAGGAGAAAAUUAACAAAGAGGCUCAACUGAAACAGCAGAAGGAACAGAUUGAUGACAAGUUAACAAAAAUGGCUCAAGAGAUUCUUCGUCAUAGAAUAGAGUUGUCUAAAAAGUUUGAGCAGACUAUGUUUAAACUUCAAGAGAUCCAGAAAGAAAUAUUAGAUAAUCAACUUGUCGCUUGGAAAAGACAACAGCAGUUGUCUGGAAAUGGUCUGGUUUUGGACAGUGUCAGUAUUGAAACAAUACAGAAUUGGGUUGAGAAUCUGGCUGAACUCAUUUGGCAGAACCGCCAACAGAUCAAAAAAUGCUCACAACUCCAACAACAUUUGCACAUCAUGUUUCCUGAAGGUACGGAGGACAUGCUGCCCAAACUAAAUGAUGCAAUCACUAGGAUUCUUUCAUCAUUAGUUACCAGCACCUUUAUCAUAGAAGUUCAACCACCACAAGUUUUAAAAAAAGAUGCAAGAUUCGGAGCUGUUCUUCGGUUUCUUGUGGGGAAAACUUUGAACAUACAUAUGAACCUGCCUCAAGUUAAAGCCACUAUUAUAAGUGAAAAUCAAGCUAAAGAAUCGAUGAGCAAUGGAGUUAAGACCAAUAAUAAUACUAGUGGUGACAUUUUAAACAAUACUGGCACCAUGGAGUACCAACCAACCACAGGUCAACUGGGUAUCAGUUUUAGAAAUAUGCAAUUAAAGAAAAUAAAAAGAGCAGAUAAGAAGGGAACAGAGGCUGUGACAGAAGAAAAAUUCUGUAUUUUGUUCCAGUCAGAGUUUAGUGUGGGCAGUAAUGAAUUAGUCUUUCAAGUCUGGACGUUAUCUCUCCCUGUUGUGGUAACUGUCCAUGGGAACCAGGAAUGUAAUGCCACAGCCACAGUAUUCUGGGAUAACGCUUUUGCUGAAGCUGGUAGAGACCCAUUCUUUGUUCCUGAUCAAGUGGAAUGGAGCAGACUAUCAGAGCAGUUGAACUUAAAAUGUAUUGCAUGUACAGGCACAUCUUUAAGUCAAACUAAUCUGGCCUACUUAGCAACUAAAUUAUUUGGUAAUAAAGAUCCUAAUACUUCACUGGUUUCAUGGGCACAAUUUAAUAAGGAUCUAUUACCCAACACUACUUUUACAUUCUGGGAGUGGUUCUUUGCGAUUAUAAAACUGAUCAAAGAUAAUUUGAAAGAUUUUUGGAAUGAUGAUGCUAUUGUAGGAUUUGUGAGCAAAAAUCAGGCACAGGAUUGGCUAUCAAAGAAACCAGUUGGAACAUUUCUUUUAAGAUUUAGUGAUUCACAGCUAGGAGGCAUAACUAUUGCCUAUACAGGUCUUAAACAGGAAGUUCUGAAUUUAGCUCCCUUCACUUCAAAAGACUUUCACAUUCGAGGCCUUGCAGAUAGAUUGAAGGAUUUGGAUAAUUUGGUUUAUCUUUAUCCCAACAAACCCAAAGAUGAUGUUUUCUCCAAGAACUAUACUUUAACAGAUGAGGGUACAACUAAAAAUGGCUACAUCCCAUCACUCAUUAAGAUUACAUUACCUAACGGUUUCCACCACACUGCAGAAUCAGAAAACAAGCAGCCUUGCUCUCCAGAUGUUAUCUAUGAGUCCACUGAAAACUCAUUGCAGAAUAUGGAAGAACUUCCAUUAAGCCCCAAUAUGAAUCAGGAACUAGACACAGACUUUCCCAACAUGAUGGCAGACCUCCUACUGAGUAGCAUUAUGUCAUCUUGAACAUUUCAGCAUUACUUUCUCCUACUUAGGAAACUGCCCUGUGUUCAACUAUGAACAAAUAUUACAUAACAACUGGAAACAGAGUUGCUAUAUUCAUUUGCUUGAAUAAAAUAAUAACAAACAACAUUCAAGUUCCUCUGAGUGUAUGACAAUUCAUUUUCAUGCCUUACUUCUGCUUCUAAGUAACUGUGAUGAACUCUGCUAACUACAAUUUGUGCUAGAAAGUGCAUUGACUGCACUAGGAACACAAAAAAUUUAAGUAAAGAUCACUUGGGAAAAUAAUAGUUCAAAGUUGUUAAGCCCUUGGCUUUUGGGAUACUCUUUAUUCAGAAUUAGGUGGUCCUGUUUGAUAUAGGGGUGUGGCUUAAUCCAAUAGCUACUUUUCCGGUUUUAAAAGUAACGUUUAACUCCUAAGCAAAGAGGACCUGAAUUCAAACACAUUUCUCAAGCCAACACAAUAACCACUCUGCUAGUGGCAAGCCUAUGAACAUGAAAGAUUGUAUAGUUAUUUAUUGUUUCUAUAGUUCUCAUCCUAUUUUUCAUGUUGUGUUCCCUAAGACUCAGACAAUGUCCUAUCAUCUUAUACCACCACUUCAGUCAAGUUUAAUUUUUUUCCCUUGUUUGAGGUACCAAACUAAAUAAUGAAUGAAUUUUUUUUUUUUUUUUUACUGGUUAUUAUGUUGUCAGGUAAAAGAAAUAAUUGUGCAAAAUUCCAGCUUGAUCCAAGAUUGGGUGUGGGAGAAAUAACUUGUACAAACUUUUUACCAAACAGAGUGAGUUGAUAUAAGCUUUGUAAAAACAACAACACUACUGGAAAUUUUUAAAAAAUAAAUUCCCCAACAAAAACAAAGUAAUAAAGUUGUUUUUAAUGCUUAUUACACCAGGAAUAAAGCAUCAAAAUAAUCAAAGGAAAGGAAAUCUAAAAAAAAAUAAAAUAUUAAUACUAUUGCAACACCUCCCAUGGAUAAGAACAUAAGUAUAAUUUUAAAUAAUCAUAUAAAAAUUCCUUACAAAAAUGCAUAGCUUCCAUUUUCCUCAUCAGAUCUCUGGCUGUUUGAUAUUUCUCAAAACUAACAGAAGAAAUAUCUGUUUCCAUUAGGGUCUUGUUCCACUUGUUAAGCACUUUAUUAUUCUUAACUGUUUUGUUCAUAUUUGUAAUGAAUCUGUAUUUGAAGUUAUGUAUUUGUUAUCAUAAUAAAAUGUCUUUUAUUUGUGUUAUUUGACGUUAUCAUAAAAUGUCUGUAAUACUUGUGUCUGAAACCACUUUUGUCUUCCUGUGAUUUUAUAAAUUAUGAAAAAAUAACUUGAGAUAUGUUUUGUAUUUUUUUCAUUUUGAUGUAAAUAGCUUCCCUAAAUUUAUCCUGCAUUACUUUCUACAAUUGUCUCAAAAGUAUCAUUUUGUUACUUUCUAUAACUUUGUACAUUAGUCUCAAAGCAUCAUUCUGUUACUGUCCACAACUGCAUUUCACUGGCCAGUUAAUGUCUUUUCAAACAGGAGGUCACAUUCAGUAGUGGACUUGAAAGAUUGAUAACCAUUAAAUUUAGCUUUAGAAACAUUUGAUUGUGUUAUUAACAAACAAAAAAUAAAAUCAGGCAGAGCUUGCCUUCCUCUUAUCUUGAAAAUGUGGCCAUUAGAUUUGUAUGUUUCUGUCAUGUUGAGGCCAUUAAUGUAUAUUGUUCAAUAGCAGAUUUUAUUCAUGCACCUAUCAUUUAUUCUUUAUUGUGAAUGGACAGUAUUCAUUCACACAUCAUUUAUGUUGUAUAAAUGAAUAGAGGCUAUUCAUGCACCCAUCAUAUACACCAGUGACAAACUUUUGUUUAAAAGCUGGUCAACAACUAAAACAAAAUAUUUUAACAGGCCAAAUACUUUUUUUUGUUAAAACUGUGAUAUGGAAUUUCUUUGUUAUUAUUAUAAUGAAACUAAUAUGAUGUAAGAAGCUGCAAAGUUUUUGAUAAUAGUUCAUCAAAAUUUGGUUGAAAUUGAGAUUUUAAAACUGAACUGAAGUGCUUAUUCAUUAAUCUAUUUAUGACACUGCUUUUUCAAGUUUCAUUAAUGAAAAAAAAAAAUCUAUUCACAAAUAUAUAGAUAGGUGAAUAUAAAAAACAUUGCACAAAUUCUCUGAACAUGUGAGAUUUGGAAAACUGGUUUUAACACUAAUCGAACUCUAAUUUUGGAACAUGUAGAAAUAAUUGUUGUGGUGAUUUUUAGAAUUGUAAUUCAUUUAAUUCAAGCCGCAUGUCUGGGUUCACUACUUUACAGUACACAAUAAAAGGUGUACACAAAUAUAUCAAUCUUUGUAUGAAUGCACGGAAGUAUUAAAAUAUUUUUUUCAAAUUUGCCAUGAAUUUUUCACAAUCCCUCUGCUGUCUUCCUUCAAAACAGUGGGUAGUUUGAAUCUCAUGAAGUGAAUUAGCUAGCUGAUUGGCUAAUAAAUAACAAAUAGCUUAAAAACCUUCAAGAUUGCCCCAAAUAUCGUCAAUAAAUUUAUUUUUUCCCCUUGUA